UUGAGAAAGUUAACCUCUCUACGCACGCAAUCGUAUUUUAAAGCUCAAUAAUAUUUAUCCGCAUUGAUGACAUGAGUGAAUUGUAAUAAAUAAAAAGAAUGUCCGCAAUUGCGUCUAAAGCAAUGUUCGCUGUUGGACGUUUAGUGCAGUCCCAUGCAACGCCGUUAUACAUACCAACGUUAAAGGCGGCACCAUGUCUCCUAUUUGUGAGACAUCGUACUACCAAACAUUGGAACCCAAAGUGGAAAAAGUUACGAAAAGAAAAAGUCAUGAAGAUAAAACUUCCUAAGUUGAAUCGAAAUCCUGACGAUAUAACUCCAGAAGAACAGCGAAGCAUGAUGAAGGAACGCGGCCUGGAUAAGCCAAGAGUUUGGAACGAAAGACCUAUUUAUCUCAGCUGCACUGGUGCCUCAUUUGAACCGUAUGUUCCUCCAGAGGGAGAUGGAAAGUUUUCUACACUUUCGACGGCAGGUGCUAAACAGAAGGUAGAACUGCUUCAAAAAAAGGGUUCGUCGUACAAGGCUGUUAGGAAAAUGAGGAACUAUGAAGAAGAAUUAAAUUUGAAGGCAUUUGCUGAAACUGCACGAGAAAUUUAUAUCAAAGCACAUGAAGCAUUGGCUGUUAAAAACAAAGUUGAACUCAAGCAGCUUGUAACUGAACGGGCAUACCCUGAAAUGAUGUAUAAUAUGCAACAUAAAACCAUACACUGGAAAUUCAUCCAAUCUUUAGAGCCAUGUCGAGUUGUGCAAGCCAGGUGUACGGAAAUAAUAACGAAAGACAACGUUUUUGGUCAGCUCACAGUACGGUUCCAUACUCAGCAGGUAUUGGCUGUCUACGACAGAUUUGGCCGUUUAAUGUACGGCAGUGAAUUUAUAAAAAAAGAUGUUAUAGAAUAUGUAGUUUUCGAAAAGCAUUUAUCAAAUCAAUAUGGCACUUGGCGUAUUCAUGACAAGAUCGUACCGACGUGGAUGCCUUCAAAAGAGCCAGGCACAAAAACUUUUGUAAGAAAAAUGGAUCCCUUGAAUCUUGAUGAAGUCAACGCUGUUGAGGCUCCUGCUUAGAAUUUGUCAUAAAAAAUUGUAUUGAUGUAAGAAUCCAAAGCAGUUAUAUUUGUCGCAAUAAAAUGCAUAGCCAAAUGUGGAAGCUGUAUAUAUUUUUUGUUCACGAAUCUGCUAAAAAAUAAUUCAUUUCAAUAUAAAUGUAUUUGUACCUUUUGUGCGAUACUGCAUUGGAAGAUUCGAUAAUACAUUUUAAUAAUUAAUAGGGCAUUAAAAAUUACAUCAAGCAAUAGGUUUGCAGCCCAAAUUAUGUAUGGUGAUUUUAUCGACAAAUGUGCAGUGAUAUGCCCAUUUUGUUUUGCCAAAAUUUUGUCAUCCUUAUCGUUUAGCAAUACUGAGGACUUCUAUAGUGUUUACUCUACGUGAUUUAAAGGGCAUGCUUGUUUUUUAAACAAUGGUCUUUAAUAUGUAAAUGCAAAGUAGGGUUUACUUGUAUUUGAAAAUACUUUGAUAUGAUAAGUGCACGUUGAACAACGUGAUAUCAGUUUUUGUAAAGUAUAAGAUUGUAUAAAACUGACGAAUUCUGAUUCAUCAGUAUGUAAGUGUAUAGAUACGUAGAUAACAAGAGCAAUCAUUUGCUAUAUACAAUUUCGCUCGAAUUUUUUUCAUAAAAUAAGAACAAAAUAGUUAAAAAGUAUUUAAAUCUAUGUAUAUGCCUCUGUUCUAGUAUUUCAUCUAAUAAUCUGCCAGUCUGCAAUAUCAAGACUUACCCU